UGUUGGGUGUAGUAGCCGUUCAACUCGCGGUGUAUUCGCCUCUUCUCGUUCACCCCCAUCCCCAUUCUUUGUUCUCACCCUUCUCCUCCGGUCCUCCUCUAUAUUUCUCCUCCUUAUCCUCCUUGUCUCACGGCAAAUCCAUCUCUCUUAAUCGACCCAUGAGGCACCCUCUCCUCGCCAAUUCCGCCUCCAAUUUUCCCCGCGAUGGUCCCGACGACGACGGUGGCGACGAGGUGCUUGCGGGCCUCGAUUCGGCCUCCAGAAACAGCGAAGGGGAGGACAGGUUCGAAAUCGAGGUCGAGAAGGUCGGGGAGCAGAAGAAUAAGCGGAGGAUACAGUCCCGGGUCCGUGUGAACGCCGACUUGGAGUCGGUGUGGAGCGUCUUAACGGACUACGAAGGCCUCGCCGACUUCAUCCCCAGCUUGGCCGUCAGCCAGCUGCUCGACAAGAAGGACAAGUUUGCGCGGCUUUAUCAGGUCGGUCAGCAAAACCUGGCGCUCGGUCUCAAGUUUGAUGCAAAGGGUGUCCUAGAUUGUUACGAGAGAGAUCUCCAGAUUGGAUAUGAUGUUGAUGAAGAUGAGAAGAUUCUGGCGGGGAAAGAAUUCCAGACGACACUGUCCUAUGUCGUGGAGUUGGUGCCAAAGCUUUGGUUACCUGUCCGCCUUAUUGAAGGGAGACUUUGCAGGGAAGUCAAAACUAAUCUUUUAUGUGUUCGAGAAGAAGCUCAAAGAAUCCAAAGAAUGAAAGGCGAAAUGCUUGACAUCUGGAGACCCUGUCAUAGGAAUGGCCAGUAAUAAAGUAGGUCACUUUGUUGGGAGCCUCACUUGUUAUCUGCUGCACAGGCAGCAGGACUGCAGCUCCCUUUUAAGCAUAUGUAAUGCAAAAAGCUGCUACCUGCCAUCAUUCAAGGUGCAUCUCCUAAAGCUAAUCAGCAGAAGAUACAAGGUUAGCAUUGGCUUCCAACCAAUCUUUGUAACAGAGACCAUUGAGAGCUCUUAUGAAAACUUCUUUCUAGCUAAACAUGUUUUAAGAACUUACAUAAUGGGGUGUAUAUUUGAAAAUAACUUUGGCUGAUGCCUUUGGACC